AUGUCUGGUGGGCUGGCCCUUCAAACAACUGGAGUGCAAAAGCACAAACAUAGAGGUGCAAUUUUCGGCAGCAUUGUUGCCCGAACUUGCAUUAGUAUCAUUCCUGCAAUCACGGCAACCAGAGGCGCCACUGGGGAAACCCUGGAUGUCGAGAUGCCUUUCCUGAUCCGAGUGGGUAAAUGGGCCGCUGGCAGGGAUAAGGCCAUCGGCCCAUCGACCAUCGUGCAAGGUGGGGAUUCUGUGAACGUUCGAGAAAUUUGA